AACAAGACGUGACUCCGCACAGCGCUUUGAGACGCAUGGCAUAAUUUAACCACUACAAACCUUACGUACAGUAAUGAGAGUUGUUUUAUUUGGACUGUUAUGGGGCGUAUAUGCAUGCACAGGUGAGUCGUGGUAUACCAGUGUGCUUACGAUAUGCGGUUUAGCUGUUAACGUACUAGACGGAUUCGAAGGUUGGCUGUUCAUCUACUGUAUAAAUAGUUUGGAGAAUUAAUGCUUCUGUAAGAAUGGAGAGAAAUAAUUCCGAAAAGGCCAGAUUUCUAAAUUUGUAGUGAAGAAACUGGCAGAUUGAUAUUACGAAUAUUUUGAUAAAUGCUGAAUAUUCGAAUUUAAUUUCUCAUUGAUAUUGCACCUGCGGUGACCAAUUUUGUAUAUAGAAUGCUCAACACAGCAUAUUGGGGGAUGAGUGUAGGAUUCCAAAAUAUAACAUGGAUCAAUUCUCAGUAUUUUAACUUCUCAAGUUACACAUGAUAAUGCUGAACACAGCAUAUCUGGAAUGAGUAUAGUGUACGAUUCCGGAAUGCAAUUUGUCAGCUAUACAUGUAAGUCAGGUUUCGCACGUGAAAUAAUAAACAUAGGACAAACUAUAAAACGAUUCUAGAGUGUCAUGCGGGACGAAUCAUGUGUAGGCAUCGUAUUUCAGAACGUAUUACCAAUUUAGCAGCUGUCUUGAGAUGCAAAUCAGUGCCAACAAAACGGAAGUACAAAACUGAAGACUUGUUUACGGAAAUUCUAAAAAGAUUCUUUAUCCUCUUUUAGAAUAUUUUCUUGUGCUUUGCGAUGGUCGUUAAAAAUGUAUGUUUAAUUUAAUAAGUUCCUAAUAUAUCAAAAUUACUGCUGACGAGCAAUGUGCUGCAUGCGGCAAAGACAAAGAGCGUUGCAAACAUGAAUAGGUUAAAUGCCUAUAAAACAUGGGACCAGUUGUAUAAAACUCUUAAUCACUUUUUUAAUCACUAUUUUGUAGUUAAAUUGUGAUUAACUCUCGGAUAGGCGCUUCUUAUUGGAUGACGUUUCCUCUUAAUCAUAGUUAACUUUAAUCACUUUUUUAUACAACCAGCCCCUGAAGAUCGAUCAGACAAGAUCGUGAAACUCAGGGUAGCGAAAAAGCAUUGUUAUUUUAAGAUAUUUAUAAUUUUAAUUAUAUAGGGUGUAUGAAAAAAAGGAGACCUUUAGAAAUAAUUUUGACAAGCAUAUUGUUAAAAUUUGAAUGCCUUUUCAAUUGCACAUAUGCUGAACCGUGGUGCGUGAAAUUUUGAUGUUGUGCAUAUAUUAGAAAAAGGAGACCUUUAGAAACCAACCAUUGUUGUAAUUUGAAUCCUGGAGCACUUUGCUAAGCCCACGAGUGCGUAACGUCCAGUAUGCAUGGCAGAUUGUUCCCAGGAGCAGACAAUCUUUUGUUUAAACGUUAUUUCAAUUUCUAAAGAUCUCCUUUUUCUAAUAUAUGCACCCAUCAAUAUUUCACACACUACGGUUCAGCAUAUGUGCAAUUGAAAAGGCACUAUUUCAAUUUUAACAAUAUGUUUGAUUUUUAAAGGUCUCAUUUUUUUUAUACACCCUGUAUAUUAUAUUAGGAAUUUAACUAUAUAUUAACUUGGGGAAUUUUGAGAGAAUACUCGAGAAGCGUGUAAAACACUCGGCUACACCCCGUGUUUUACACGCUUCUCCCGUAUUCUCCCAACAUUCCCCGCGUGCAUUAUCACACCACACAAACGCACGCGCCUCGUUUUCUAUUUCUUAAACAUAUAUAUAUAUAUAUCUAGAACGAUGCUCUACCGUCUGAGCUGCAAGGUCAAGCUGAGAUCAAGCUUUACGCAUUGAAGGACUAACCUCCGAAAUGCAACUUACAUCAUAACUUAACAAGUCGUUCUCAGCUUGACCUUGUAGCUCAGACGGUAGAGCAUCGUUCUAGAAAUGCGAAGGUCGCGGGUUCGAAUCCCAGCCGCGGUCAAGUAGAAUUUUCUGCUUGCCCGGUUUGGUAUACACUCGUCUGAAAACAACUCAAAAAACCGCUACAUAACCGCUACAUCACAUAGAAGACAAACUUGAGUUACCUCACAUGAACUUUAUUUCACUACAAAUUUGUUUCCUAUGACAAGAAUGACAAGUCUUGCCACACUCAUCAAGUGAAUUUAAAUAACGCGCUAUGUUGUUGCCUAGGAUAUAUACUAUGUACAUGUUUGAGGUCAAAAGUAUUAUAUUACAGUGUUAUUUAUAAUCUAUUUAUUGCCCAACAGGAAUUUUCCGGUGUCUACAUUUCGACAAUUUAAGAGCCGAGUUGAUAUAACUCAAUGUCAACAUGGGAAAUUUUCCGCCGCCAGUAGUAGUAAACACGGAAAUGUUUCUUAUCCUUCGGGCUUUUGACAUUGCUAUAUUAUAAGUACUAUUUAAAAAACGAGCAGGAGUGUGUUAUUAGGUUUAAAGCCACGAGCGCGCAGCGCGAGUGGCUUUAGACCUAAUAAAAAACGACCUGCGAGUUUUUUUAAAUGGCUUCAAAAACGUUUGCAUAAUAAGUCAAAUCUUUAUAUAAAGAUCUUUAUAUAAAAAUCUUUAUAUAAAAAUCUUUAUAUAAAAAUCUUUAUAUAAAAAUCUUUACAUAGUUUGCAUAACAAUGGUCUUUUGUUAAAGUGUUCUUUAGCUGGUAUAAAGACGUAUGCACGUGACUAAUUUCAUAGUACUCAAGAUUGGAUAAUUGCUUCAUGAAUUAUUAAUGACUAGUUUUUGAAGAAAAUAUAAAACAUUUUUACCGUAUUGAUAUAUAGUUAGCUAUAUCAACACUCGUGGAAGUUGGGAAAACUCGAAAUUGUAUGAAAACACUUCGCCCUUCGGGCGUCGUGUUUCCAUACAAUUUCUCGUUUUCCCAAAUCCACUCGUGUUGAUAUAGCUGUAUAUUAACACGGAAAAUGUUUUAUAUUUGUUAUUUAACUUAAACAGCAAUGUAAACGAACGUAAACAACAAUGCUUAAACUAUCGCGGCCGUGGCUUUAAUCACGAUUUCAGUGAUUGAGUGACAACUUGUGCAAUCGAAGUGUUCAGCUCAGCGUAAAUUGAACGAGUGUACGGAUUCCAGAAUAGCUUGUCACGGAAUCAGAUUUGGGGCAUCUUUUGCAAUGGGAAUUAUGUUUGACAAACUAGAAUGAAAAAUUUCAUGUGGUGUAAUUUGUUGUAAGCGUAUUUCCAGAAUGUAUAAAAGUCAGUUUACUGUCUUUAUGUAUAUCUAACUGAAGUCCUAAAAUAACCAUCACAUAUUUGAAAAUAUUCUAAAAGGAACUCUUUGAUCAGUGUUCACAAGGUUUGAUGAUGCACUUACUGUAUCUAUUUACCUGAGCGAUAUAUAAAACGUCGGUAAGAAAAUUAAAGGAUACACCAGCUAUAGUUGUUGUUCAUGGUUAUAGUAUAUUUGUUGUUGAUGCAAACUGCUUUCUGAACAUAUAUAUUACAAGUACGUAUGCCAAUUCAAUACGCAUUAACAUUCCAAACUAUGCUGAUGCAUUUAGGAAUUACAGCCUUCAAUAGGUACCUAAACAAUCUAUAUUUAUCAAAAAUUUCAUGAAAUGAACGGAUUUGUGAAAAUGAGAGCAGUUUCAAAAUUGUCUAUUUUUUAAUUCACCCUGUGAAACAAAAGAAUAUCAUUAGCAGGCAUUGUAUUUGAGGCGUGUUCAGUCGCCAACCUUGCCUCUGUAUCUUUCUCUUAUCAAUCUCAAGAGAUUGAUUGCAAUUCAUGCAGCCACACUUAACUGGUUCAAUUUGAUUGCCAGUAAUUUCAAUAUCAGCUUCAAGAUAGCUAGCUUUCUUAAGCGAAAACCAACAUCAUUGUGCUUUACAGCAUGUGAGUUUAUCGCAGUGUGUCUAUGUUUUCUGCAUGGUUUAUUAAUGGAGAAAAUUUCCUUUUUUAGGUGAACUGGGCAUUGUUUCAUCCUCGUCCACCGUGGCAAAAGACACCUGUGAUGCUACUGAAGGAAGUUGUGAAGGUGCAGUAAUUUUAAUGCUUAAACUAUAUUAUAUCACCAUAGAAAUACAUACAUGCAACAACCCCUCGCCUAUAUUUUCCAAACCAUGAUUUAACAGGAAGCAUUUGUACUAUACAUGCAAGAAUAAAUUUCCGAUAGAUAUAUAUAUAUAUAUAUAUAUAUAUAUAUAUAUAUAUAUAUAUAUAUAUAUAUAUAUAUAUAUAUAUAUAUAUAAUAUAUAGGUAUGUUAAUUCUUUUGUAUUUUGUGCGCUCUUAAUUCAUUUAAAAUUUAAUCUAAUCUGAACCGCUUCGUAAAAUGUUUUGAAAUGUUCAUUGAUUGUAAUAAUAACUUUUUUUGCCAAUAAGUUGUAAGUUCAAUUUAUAAUGGUAAUUGAACUGAGUGGAGUGCAAUUUGGACUGUUUGAUUUCAGUCCAAAAUUGAAUGGCAUGAAGUUCAAUUUCCACUUUAUUAUAUUCAUUUUGAAAUCCUAAACUUUUUUGGAAUCCGAAACGUUCUUGUUUGCAAAAGACAUACCUCCGCCUCCGGCAUCUCCCAGAGUGCUGUAGCAUAGCGACAAUAAGUGAACAAGAUGAGCUUAGUUUAUUAAAUUAUAAUUUAUACGCGCAAAAUACUGCAAAUUUGCUAAAGAAAUGAGGACAUUUAUAAAGAAUGAGAGACAACACAAGUAAUUUUAAACUUAUUGUAGGUUUUACCAGUGAUUUAAAAGAGUUUUGGUGCAAUUUUGUGCGUUUAAAAUUGGAAAUACGAUGGGCCAAUUUACCUUUGUUGACACUUUAAAUUUGCUUUUGUUGGCGUUUUGACCAUAUUUGAUAGAUUAUGUUGUUAAUUUGCCCGUUAAUAUUUUGCGAAAUUUGAAAAUUCUUUGCAAUUCUUUGAUAGUUUACUGUAGCUAUCCAUAUGUGUUUGUUUUUAUGUGCAAAAAAUUGCUUAAAAAUCAUUCAUGACAUAUAAAAUUUUUUGUUUUCGCUCAUUUGCCAUAUCACAUUUUUCUUAAAAUUGAUUUGCUGUUUGAAUCCUAUAAUUAAAUGUAAUUGGUUGGCUGAAGUCAGCACUCUAAUCUGUUUGGUGGAAAGAAGGUGCGAUUUCAGCACAAAUCGCACUGAAAUUGCACUCCUGGGAACAAAUCAGAUUGCAGGAAACACCAUUGAUUUCAAAAUGAACAUAAUAAAUUGAUUUAUUAUUAGCAUGACAAAAUUACUGGAUGCUGAUUGAUUGAGAGGAGUACAAUUAUUUUAUUAAUUAUUUAUCUUCUGUAAUCAGUGGCAAAUACUGCAAUUUCAUUGGCUUACAGGAGUGUGAUUUGAGCAUUAAUCGCACCUUUUCUGAACUGUAAUCGCACCCUUGUCGACAGCCAAUGAAAAUCAGCCUAGUAUUUACAACUGGGAAGAGAUUAUUUCGCUGGCCUCAGAGUGACAAAACGUAACAAGGAAACGGUUUUACUAACACUAACCCUACUCCAAACACCAACUCCAAUCCUAACCCUAAUCCUUACCCUAACCCUAAGCUAACCCUACUCCAAAUUUGUUUCUAAACCAAUCAUGAACAAAAACGUUUUGAAGAAAUGUCAUUUUGAGGUCAGCGAAAUAGUUGAUGCCGGGUUCCUGUGAGUUAUGUUCGUAUGGUACGUCUAACAACGAGCCAGGUGGAGUGAAGUUCACACCAAACAGGGACAAAUAAAACUUUAUAAAAGACCAUAAAAUAGGUGUAAAAAGCAGUGUUUGAGCAGCUGAUUGUGAAAUCGAUCAAGUAGCAAAGUUAUCCCCAGAAGACAGACAAGAAUAUGAGAACUCUUUAAAGAUAACAAAAACGCCUAAACGUUACGCUCUUAGAAGUAGACCGUACUAAAUUGUGUAAAACGUUUUGAAGAAAUAAAUGUGUUUUAAAUCUAAAUUCUUGUGUAAAUUUUUGCCCGCAAAGCCAUGCCGCCGCGUAAUAAAUCUAUCCGCAAUAAUCCUUUAACGACUGUUAAUGACAUUGGCAGCACACAAUUUCGAUACCUGCAAGACAAAAUUUCGAUACAUAUCGCACACAAACAAUAACUCUCUGUUCGUAUUCUUUCUGUUUCAUGUUCGCUUCCUGAAAUAUAAACUUGUAUCCACAUGGGGUGGGCGGGUUAAUGUCUUUUUAAUGACAGUGUAAUAUGCCAAUAGCAAUCAUAACAACGGCGUUGACAAGCAUGUUAACUUAGCAACUGCUUCGUUCUGUUUAAAUUAUGUCGCGAUUUUUUAUUUCUGCUUGGAAACGUAUUGCUCAAAACGGCUCCUUUCAGAGCCAUUAAAUUCAUUAAAAGAAUUAAAACUAAUUUCGAUUGCGUGUUGAAAAUAAGAGAGGGAUUAGGACUCACAACGUGCUACAUGGUUGUAAGGAAAACAAUUUUCUACCGUACCAGGCUCGAACCAUGCAGUGACCUGACGAAUACUGAUUUGGUAAUAAUUACAGUCCCUUGCUCUACCAAAUGAGCUAACGGUAGAUUUUAAAAACGUUACUAACUUCUAUUUCAUUUAUAUAUGCAAACUAUCAGAAACCUCUUGUCGUUUUAUUACAAAUUUGUCAGAAACUAGGUGUGAAGCUAAUUGGUUGCGUUACCUGUCAUAUUUGGCCCAGGCUUGCCCAGCAAAGUGACGCCUAGAUUUUGCAUACUAAUUACUUCCGACACCAAAUUAGACAUGCAUACUAAUUACUUUCGACACCAAAUUGGAUUUGCACACUAAUUACUUCCGUCCCUAGGUGGGGGGAUUACUACUCACACCUUAUCGCUUUUGCGUCAUAUUGUCUUUCAAUUAUAAUAUGUCGAAUCUACAAGAAAAUAUUCAAAUUGAAUAUUUUGAUUAUUUUACGCAGAGAUCGGAGAGUGUUCUAAUUGCGACGAGAAUGCUGGAUGCAUAUACAACAAAGGGAGUUUCAAAUGUCAAUGUAACGCAGGAUACGUGGGCGACGGAAAAACUUGCACAGGUAAAUUUGAUCUGAAUUAGAAACAGCGCCGAAUUCGGCGAGCAGGGCGACAGCAAGGUGCAGGGCUGUCACUCCUUCAUGCUAUGAAUUCAUCAGAAUAAUAGACUUUAACAGUGUUUAUUUAAUUACUUUUUAUUGGUACAUAUUAUGUAUAUAUUUAUAAGACUAUUAUAAAUUGAUAAGAAAGUGACAGGGUCUGAAUAAACGAUACCCUUAGAUUUAAUAAAACUUCCUUUAAUUUGGGGCAUGGCACGUUUUAUGGUUAAAAUUAAUAAGCCCUUGAUAUUAAUCUUUAGCAUCACGCGAAAUUACACAUUAAAAUAAGCUUUGUUUUUUCUCUUGUUUAUUUUCUGAAAAAAAAUAUAUAAAUAAAUACUUUGGGAAUCCUGUUCUUUCAUAAUAUAAUGGCAGUUGCGAGCCAGUGAAAGCUGUAUUUCAUCCACAUUGCAAACCAUUUAUUCAACAAGAGAUGGUCAAGAGAGGAAGGCGAGCUAAUUUUAAAAUGUUUCCUUGCUUAUGCCCAUCAAUGUCAUCUAUAAUGCUGCCAUCAGUAGAAGUUUCAAAUUUCUUGGAAUCUAUAUACUGCAUUUAUAUUUACCUAUCUUUAAAAUAUUAUUAUAAUAUUUUUAGGUAUUAUAUUGAAACUUAAAUUUCUUUAUAAUUUUCCCAAAAAUUUCGUUUCCAAAAAUUUCAUCCCCUUUCAUUUCCUUGAAGUGAAAAUGCUAAUUUCGACAACGACGGUUGUUCAUAAUUAUAUGCAAUCAUAGUCGUAAUUUCGUUGAAAAGAAUGAAUAAUUAAUAAACCGUAUUGCAAAGCUGGUAGAAUUCGAAGACUUGCCUCAAAUUUUAUUCUCAAUGUAGAAUUUUCUACUCCAAACAGUUGCUAUUAUUCAACAGGCGCAAGAUUUUGGAUUUGGUUUUUUACUCUAAAAUUAAUUAUCCACUAUCUGGUAUUAGUAUAAACCUACUAGUAGGCUAUCACAUACCGUGCCUUCUGAUUCGCUACGCUACUAGUAGGCUAUUAGUGAUAGCCUACUAAUAGAAAUUUUAAAAUGGCAGAAAAUUCGCGUUUCGCACUUUUGCCGAAGUGUCUGAUGAUUUUUUGGACGCCUUGUUGAACAAUUCUGUACUAAAAAUACCCCGAAAAAAGCAACAAAAGUAUGGAAAGCAAUUUUUAAGGGUAAGAAAAUAGACAAAAUAACAUACACUCAAUGAAAUUUUAAAAUCGAUUAAAACUGAAUUUUGUAAAACAUUUUACGCCAACAAAAACUAGAAAUUUGUUUACCUAAUGGUUAUGGUAUAAUGUUUUUUUUUUUUGUAUUUUUGUAUUGUGUUUGCAGCCUAGUUGUAAAUUAAUGUUAAAGUUUACACUGAAACAAUUAGACAACUCGGUCUCGUUGUCUAUGAGCAAAUAGUCAACCCGGCUUCGCCUCGUUGACUAUUCGCUCAUAGACAACUCGGCCUCGUUGUCUAAUUGUUAAUUAUUAUUCAGUAUUCAAAAGAUUCACGAUUUCUGAUUGGCUAACAGCCAACUGCAAAAUCAUCUAUCUAAGCAACGGCUGACUAAAUAUAGAGUUUUUACAUAAUAUAAAACGAGUGACGUCAUAGGCUUAAAUAUUAAAAAUGAAAUUCGCCAAAACAAUAUGGCACCGCCUUUGCUAUGUUUGCAGGUUUUAAGGAAACAACUUUUAAAAUAUUAAAGAAGAAAUAUAAUCGAAAAAGCCAGGAAAGAUUUUGAAACAUCUUAAGGUACUUAUGAAAGACAAAAGGAAAGAUUUGGUAAAAAUAAAUGGUCAUUAAAGACUGAUUAUUUCGAAGAAUGAAAUCCACAGGUUGCAUGCAGAUGUCUUUUUCAUCUUUUUAAUAAAUAACAGAACAAUAAUGAAUUCGACUUUCGUCACAUAUGAAGAAUUUUCAAGCCUCCAGUUUGCCUUGACAACCUCUGGUUUCGGAUUCGGCCGAUAAGACAAACUUCUGUUUUCGUAAUUCUUCAUAUCAUGCUCAACCACAUGCAAUAACUGUUAAAUAAUGGAUCGACGUGUAGAAUCCAAAAUCAGGAGAGCCAAACCGAAGCAGGCAGUCUAGUCUAGUCUAGUCUAGUCUAGUCUAGUCUAGUCUAGUCUAGUCUAGUCUAGUCUAGUCUAGUCUACUUACAUUCCAACCUCCUGGCAUAAACGCUCGUUUUUAGGAGGAAGAACUAGGCCGUGCUUUAACAUGGACAAUUUAAUAUAAUUCUAAUCUGACUACCCUUCAAAGUUAAUAUUUCCUCGCAUUAGGAAUUUGAUCCUGCAUAUCCAAGAACAAUCAAAACUAUACCUGUAUCAUGGUAACAACACCCGAAUUAUGCCACAGCCUAUCGAUUGCUGCUGUCACCACUUAAUUUUGUAUUGUAUAUAAUCAUAAUUUGUACCCACGUUAGUUGGCUCACAUUAUUGCAGUUGGCUCAUAUUGUUGCAGCCACAUUGCCUAUUCUUAUGUAGCUUGUGCGUUUAGUGCAGGCGGGUGAAGAGAAGGCACUGGACAAUAAACACUCUGUUGAUGUAAUUUAUCUUGAUUUCCAAAAAGCGUUUGACAAGGUAUCUCACCAUUUAUUGCUCCGUAAAUUAAGCAAACACGGUUUCUAUGGUUCUAUUUUCAACUGGUUUAAAAGUUACUUAUCAGGAAGGAUCCAACGAGUUGCGCUUGACGGUCAUUAUUCUGAAUGGCUCGAUGUGACUUCUGGAGUUCCACAGGGAUCUAUUCUCGGUCCACUGCUCUUUAUAUUGUACAUUAAUGACCUUCCGGAUCAAAUUCAGCAACCAACAGAAAUGGCAUUAUAUGCUGACGACUCAAAAUUAUAUAGAACAAUAAAAUCGGAUGCGGAUACUGAAAAUUUACAGUUAGAUUUAAAUGAAAUGAACUCUUGGACAGAAACGUGGCGUAUGCAAUUUAAUACAAAUAAAUGUAAAGUUAUGAGGUUGUCGCGAAAAAAAAUCCAAUCGCACGUGAGUGAUUACAUAUUGGGACACGAAUCUCUCGAAUUGGUAAAAACCACCAAAGAUCUUGGAAUAACUGUGAGUGACGAUGUUCGUUGGGGGAAGCAUAUUGCAGAGAUUACGGCAAAAGCAAAUCGAACACUCGGGUUGAUCAAAAGAACCUGCAGAGAUUUUGAAGAUCAAACUGUCAGGAAGCUCCUCUACCUUACAUUGGUUCGGCUGCAGCUGGAAUUUUCAUCAGAGUUGUGGUCCCCGUCAGAAGUAAAAUACCAGCUUAUGUUGGAAGCGGUGCAACGACGAGCUACAAAGUUUAUUUUAAAUUACCCUGACACUGGAUAUAAAGAACGUUUGAUAAAACUUAACCUUCUACCACUUGAUGUCAGGAGAAGUAUGAAAGACUUGUUAUUCUUUCAUAAAUGUAGAACAGGUCUAUUGGAUAUACAUUUACCAGAUUAUGUACAAAGUCGACUUGCUCCUAAAUAUAACAUUAGGUCACAUGACGUGAAUAAUUUCACUGAACUUAAAUGUAGAACUGAAUAUUUUAAAAACUCGUAUUUUCCUCCAGCUGUGACAAUGUGGAACUCGUUAGAUAGUGAUCUCAAAGCAAUUGACAGCUCUAGUAUUUUUAAGUCUAGACUUCUUAAGAAAUUUUAUAUAGAACUUAAUGUUUAUGAACUGCCACAUAUGUAGUUUGCAGAGUGUUCCACUAGUUGUUAAUAUGUAUAUAUAAAUAUAUAGUAGCAAAUGUUAGGUAUAUAUAAGCUCUUUAAUAGGUUUUUAAAUUGGUAGUCAUGUUCAAUUGGGGCAAUGCCCUGUUUGGCCACCAGUUGUUUUUUUUUAACUAAUUACUACAUUCUUGUAUUUAGCAGUAUAUAUAGUAGUGCUUGGAUGAUGCAAGUGUGUAUGAUUUUUCUUCUAAAGCAACAAAGUUAUUAAAACAAAAACAUCUGAAGAGUGCCACGUUAUUUCCCUGGUACGAAAAUAGUUUGUGUUGGGUUUUAAUUAAAAAAAAAAACAAUGAUAGAGUGCUCGAUGGAUAACCAGAGCAUAAUAGAAAGACACAAAAACUUAGCAAGCUUUAUUUGACAUAUUUAUUACUAUACAGUUUCGUACCACGUAAAUAACGUGGCACUCUUCAUGAUCAGAUAAAAUAGCCUAUUGAAAAAAUAGAGGAUGCGUAGCCAGGUUGAGACAUUAUUUAUUGAAACGUUCUCUGAAUUAAUAUUUAAUUCUACGAGCUUUCGAUUAUCAGUCCAUAGCCUUCGACGGGUGUAUAUAAAUGAUUCUAUAAAGGACGCUAAACUUAAGUAGGUGGUAUGAAAUCUGAGACUAUCUAUGCUAUGUUACAUAUGGGUAAUAUGAAUAUUUAAUUAAUUAAUGUUUCUUGAGUUCCUUUAUUAAAAGUAUUGUGUAUUGUGCUGCAAGCGUAUUAGAGUUAUUAUCAGCUUCGUCUGUUAUUGCAAUGUGCCAGGUCUCUAAGGUUUUGAGGUUUCUAUGAUUUCCCUUGUCUAUCACUUUAGCAUUGGUAAAGUCAAUUACAUGAUCUUGAGUCCAUGCGUGUUUUGCAACAUUCGAUCCCUUCUUGCUUUGUUUUACAUUUCUACGUGUUAAGACUUUUUCGUCUCCAGGGAUCUUCCUGUUUCGCCUCUUUAGCUCCAACUACAAUCUUGACACGGUAUUUGGUAGACCACGUUCUUUUGCUCUUCAAUUGGUGGUUUCUGUUUUGCACAUGGAAACUGGCGUUCGGGGGUUUUCACUGGCUUAUUGUAAACUUUGAUGUCAUGUUCUUGGAGUGUUCUGGCUAGGGGUUCGGUUAGUCCUUUGAUGAAAGGUAGAACCGCGAUUCCUGCAGGUGGCGACCUUUCUUCGACUACUUCGAAAAAUGACCGGACUAACUCUUCAGGGCUUACCACAGUUUUGUUCUUACGUUUUUUUUUUAUCAAUCCUGAAAUUAAUUACUUUGGAUAGCCAUUUGAUGCCAGAACUGUGGUUACAUGAUUUAGUUCUCUUUCUUUGCUUUCGUCUUUCUUUGCUUUUGUCCUUGAUUUCGUCAGUCUCAAGGAUCGUUUGAUAAAUGAUGUUGCAGUACUAAUUUUAUGUUUUUGGUCGUGGUGUGAUGAAGCAGUUUCAGUAACGGUGUGAGUGGGUUUGCGGUAAACUUCAAUAGGAAUUAUGCUGUCCCUUCUAGAAAUUAAUGUGUCAAGGAAAGCGAUCUUUCCGUCCUUUUCGUUUUCAAUAGUAAAGUUAAUGUAUGGGUCAAUGGAGUUUAGUGUGUCAUGAAAAGAUGACAUGUUAGUCUUUUUUAAUAUGAAAAAACAAUCGUCUACAAAACGUUUCCAAACUUUAGGUGGUGAAUUUGCGUCUCGGAUGACCUGUUCAUCUAUCGCUUCCAUGCACAAGUUAGCAAAAAUUGCGCUAACAGGGCUGCCCAUGGCACAUCCAUGAAUUUGUUUGUAGGUGGUGUUGUUAUAAACGAAAAAACUAUUAGAUAAAACAAAAUAUAGAAGUCGAAUGAUGUCGUCAAUGUCGAGUUGAGUUCUGUCAGGAAGUGUCGGAUGGUUUUCAAAGUUUGUUCUAAUAAAUUUGCAUGCUUUGUCAACAGUAAUGGCUGUAAAGAGUGAGACCGCGUCAAAUGAAUUCAUAGAUUCGUCUUCGUCUAUGGUAAUGUUUGAAAUUUUGUGUUGAAUUGAGUAGAGUUGGCUACUGAGAAGCCGUUUUUGUUUUGAAGUGAAGAUAGUAUUUUGGUAAAGAAUUUGGAAGUUUCGUAAACAGUUGAGUCGAUACAAGUAACUAUAGGUCUAAGUGGGUAACCUACUUUGUGAUGCUUGAUGGAGCCUGUGAUGGCUGGAGGGAUUGCGUCACUUGAGUGUAGCUUACGGUAAGUAUUCUCGGAAAUUUUCUAUUGAUUCUUCAGGUUAAGUAGCAUGGCAUUUAGCUCACGUUCUACUCGUUUGAAUGGUGGCUUAGGUAUCACAGCGUAGGUCGCUUCAUCUUUCAAUAGGUUUUCCAUCUUCUUGUCAUACUCGUCUCGGUUCAUGACGACUAAACUAUUACCUUUGUCGGUUUUCAUGAUAAUUCUUGUCGUGUCCUGUUUCAAGUCUUUCAGCGCUUUUCUUUCGUUGAUGUUUAUGUUUUUGUGCGGAGGGAUGCGGGCUCGGUCUAAGAUGGAAGCUGUAUUUGUCCGUAUAAUGUCUUUAGUUUCGUCUGGUAGAUCUUUGAUCGCUGUUUCAACUUCCGCAAUGAUGUUUUUGUGUGCAAUCUUUGCAGGUGUGAUGGCGAACUUCGGUCCUUUUUCAAGAAGGGAGCGUUCUGCGUCGGUAAGAGGUUUCUUCAAUAGGCUUAUCACGGAGGUAUUCCGCUUUGUGGCAUUCGUUUCUUUUAGUCGAGUCAAAUCACUAUCAGUACAUGGUCCUGAUCAGAGUAAUCGCAAUAUUUUUUUUCAUUGGUAAAAUGUGAGAAAAAAUGUUCUGAUUAACAUUAAUAUUAAAAAUCCCAAACAAACCCUUCGGUUGAACAUGGUAAAAACCGAGUUUUUCUUACUUCUAUUUAUAGAAAAACCAUUGUGGACAAAAUGUUGAAAUUUUGAAAUUAUUUUUUUGCGAAUAUAACUUGCAUCCAUUGGAAAGUUAAGAAAAAACUAUAUAUAGAUCAAUUAAACGGUUACCUUGCUUUUGCCUAUCCAUCCGAAGUUAUACAAGAUUUAAAAUGCUAAAAAUUUGUUUUUUUAUGCAAAUUUUGCGCUAUUUUUCCAACUUUGAGCUAGAAUAACGACAAACUGGCUACUAAAUUGAAUAUAACGGUUUAAUUGACCUUUCUAUAGUUUUGUUUAAGCUUUCCAAUCAUGUAGAUUACAUUUGCCUAAAAAUGAUUUCAAAAUUUGAACAUUCUGUCCACAAUGGUUUUCUAUAGGUAGAAGUAAGAAAAACUCGAUUUCCGCCAUGUUCCACAGAAGGGAUUUUUUUUAUUUUUAGUAUGUUAAAAAGGACACCUUCCCCAACAUUUUACCACUGAAAAAAAUUAUAUUGCAAUUUUAUUGAUCUCUGGUCACAGGUUGACUGGACUAUUUGUUAUAUUCAUUGUUCAAAUUGGAAAGGAACUCAAGAAACAUUAAUUAAUUAAAUAUUCACAUUACCCAUUUGUAACAUAGCAUAGAUAGUCUCAGAUUUCAUACCACCCCCUUAAGUUUAGCGUCCUUUAUAGAAUCAUUUGUAUACACCCGUCGAAAGCUAUAGACUGAUAGCUGAAAGCUCGUAGAAAUAAAUAUUAAGUCAGAGAACGUUCAAUAAAUAAAAUAGGCUAAAAUAAAAAUAUAUGGCUAGUUGUCAAUUCACAUACUCAAGUCUCAACCCUCAAAAAACACCCAAGCUUCUGCAGCUACUUUUGCCAGUUGUCUAUAUGGUUGACUUAAACCAGCUGCAACUGGCAGAGGCGCGUCCACGAAGGGAGAUCGGAGGGAUGCGUGGGUAUACCCCGGCCGAAUUUUCAGUCUAAAAAUUCUUCGUUUUCAUACGCCAAUCUGGAUGUCCAAUCUGAAUGUCCUAGCUUCACAAGCGGCUUUCCUUGUUAAUUGACCAUUUGCGUAAUAGACAAAAUUUUGAUCUAAACAAGUCUAGACAAAUAUUUCAUCACAGCUUGAAAGAGCAUCACAAAAUUAGUAAUAUUCCAAACUGUUGUUGCGAAAUGUUGAAAAAUGCGGAAAAUAUAGCUUUGCGAAGUUUGCAAUUUUCAGCCAUUUUAGAUUACAAACGGGAAAUUGACAGCCUAAAAGCGUAUCGGGCUGUCAAUUUCCCGUUUGUAAUCUAAAAUGACCGAAAAUUACAAACUUCGCAGGGCUAUAUUAUCCGCAUUUUACAACAUGUCGUAUUAACGAAACUUUGGAAUAUUACUAAUUUUGUGAUGCUCUUUCAAGCUGUGAUGAAAUUUUUGUCUAGAUCAAAAUUUAGUCUAUUACGCAAAUGGUCAAUCAGGCCUUACGUUUUGUCUCUAUUGUUGUUAAACUAUGUUAUGAUGAGUCUAAAAAAAUAUUUAUCUAUUUUGUGCAGACAUUAACGAGUGUUCGCAUCAAUUGUGCAAUGGCAAGUGCAUAAACACAGAUGGAUCUUACGAAUGUCAAUGUAACACAGGAUAUAUUCUUGCGGCUGAUAGACACAGUUGCAUAAUAGGUAAAUUGAAAUAUUAUAUACUUUGUGCCCUAGGUAUAUGGUCUAGCGGUGAGAAAAUCAAUUGCUUUAAUAAUUGGUAAAAAUUCAAUAUUAGAAUCGAGAAAUAAUUUGUAUUUCUGUAGGAUUGACUAUGGGGCGACUACAACGGCAAGACUCGCCAUUUUUUACACAGUCAGGCCAUUUCGAAUUGAUCUAUGUUAUGGCAGUAAAUUUUAAAAUAGUUUAAGCUUAAUUACAGCCCCCAUCAGGAGGCGCUGUGUGCAUAAUUUAAAAUAUAUUAAUUUAGAAAUGUGACGAUUUUUACGAUUUUGGCCUUGAUCGGGACAAAAAUAUGUUAGUACUGAAUAUUAACAUUCCCCCUUCUCCGUCUGUUCUAUAUUACGAAAGUAAAAUGUGAUUAUUACUAAUAAUAAUAUACAUAAAGAUAUUACUCGACUGUGAUUGGUUGCAUGAUUUCAGUGCAGUUAAUCCCAAACAGCAGUGCAAUUUUCUGUAAUCACAGUGCAAUUUUCUGUAAUCACAGUGGAAUUUUUUGUAAUCACAGUGCAAAAAUCUGUAACAAACUGAUCUGAUUGGUGGCAUGGAAAAACAUUGUGAUGAUUAAAUCAACCAAUCAGUUUAAGGCAGUUUAGUUUUAAAGAAGUAACGGUCACAGAUUGCCUCAAAACAAAACAACAUGGCGCCGCGCUACACAAAGUAAAAGUUGCCUUCGCGUGGAAAAUAUGGCUUUUAUCUUUAUUUUUAAAUGGAAAAGCAUUUACCUUAAACAAGACUAACAAAAAAUACACAGUUGAGUGGAAUUUUCAAGCUGUUAGCGUUGUAUAAUGUGAUAAAACAAAGCCAGGAAAACUUUUUGCCAGUGGAAUGUUCGCUAUAAACGCGUAAGUUAAAACUACAAUUGUCUCGAACAUUUUUAUGUAAAUUAUUAAUAAGUAAUAGCAUGGUUUCUCGUGAAAUUUGGAUAAACAUGCACUCGUGAGUUUUUCAAAGACCUCAAAUAGCACUCGUCCUUCGGACUCGUGCUAUUUUGAGGUCUUUGAAAAACUCACUCGUGCAUGUUAUAUCCAAAUUGCACUCGAAACCUAUACUUACAAUCAACAUGGAUUGGAAUAUAAAAACAUAGUAAUAUCUAGCCCGUUCGCAGCCCGACAUUUCGUUCUUUUGCGCUUCAAAUUUUCGGGUGGGGGCUGCUGAGCAGGCUAAGUGGCCUAAUACCUACAUCGGCGAUUAUUCUCUACUUAUAUCAUCGCAUAAAAUCCUGUAUUUUCAGCUUGGAAGUCCUAAAAUUUUUGGGAGGAAAAUUCAAGACUGACAUCUGCAUCUACAGUAUAUUUGUUCUGACUAUAUUAAUGCCGGUUGCAUGGUUGCUGAUAAUUCUGGCGUGAUAAAAACAUAACGCAACAGCAUAGUUCGCGUUCCCUGUGCCUGUUUUGUGGAUUGUCUAUGCACACAGACAUCAACUUAUCAUUCCUUUCUGACUUAAUUCUUGCGAUUCCCUUUACCCAGGAAACUGCCAUCAACACGAUCCAUUUUGAAUGGCCUCCUUCAAUUCGUAUUCUGCAUCCUGCCAUAUUCUGUUGUCUCACCCAUAAUCUUACACAAUACAGUAGAUAGAGAUGCAGAUAUUGCACAGCACAUUCCCUAUCAGGGUUUUUCAGUGACUGGUUACAUUGUGAAUAGAUAGAUAGAUAGACAGAAACGGAACUGACGUGAAGCAGACCAAGGUAGAUUGUGAGCUUACAAAUGAUGCUUUAAUUAAGCAGCCGCUAUUAGUCCAUACCUCAUUAAUGACGUGCCGCCUGACCCAUUGUUUAACCUAACCUGGCAUGUUUCACACAAUACAUUAUAAGAGGCACAAAAAUCGAAUUAAUAAUGACUCCCUGAUCGAUUAUUUGCUGCGACUGAAUGAUUAUAUUAAAUUUUAUGUCAUUGCACAAAUGUUGUUUCAUUAAGAUUCAUGCAUUCCAAAUGCCUGCAAAACACAAAAGCCAAGAUGUAUGACAGACGAACAAGAUCCGAAAAGACACCGAUGUUUUUGUCCAAAUGGUAAAGUUGGUGAUAAAUGUCAGCACCUAGGUAAGCAAUGAGAGUAACCUCAUAGUAUGUAUGUAUACUAUUUAUAACAAAAGGAGAUCCGAACGAUCAGAUAUAAAACACGAGGAAAGAGGCGAGUAAAGAGGCUUAAAAAACGGCGAAGUAAUUUUAAAAAUAAAUAAGCCUGUUUAUUGAUGUAGCUAAGUAGCUAGCUUUUUUAAUAUGCUUUGUUGCCGUUUAUGUGUAACGGAUCGUCAAGCCUUCCUGUUUGAUUUGUAUAUUCCAUUAUUGAGAUCGAAAACGACAUCUAUCAAGUUUACUACACGUAAAUUUUCCUGUGUUGUCGUUGUAAGGUUCGACUGCUCGAAUCAUUUGUGUCGGUUCUUUUUUCAUUCAGAUCGAACGCAUGCAUUCCACUUCAUUGGUCGAACUUUCAUUGAAAUUCAAGACCGAGCGCGCAUCCAUUUCCUUUGUUAUCAUUUAUAAAAUGUGUUGAAUUUGAAAUUAAUUACAUUGAUUUUCAAUUAUAAUACGCAUGUUAUAUAAGAACGUUUUUUAUUGCCUGAAAUGUCUGCUCAAUGACGCGAUUGAGCUAGCAUGGCAAAAAACGCGCGAAACUUUUACCUCUCUAGGUGAAAUAUUUCCUCGAGAACUUUCAGAAAAUUUUCAUUUUUUAAUCAAAAAACUAUAACGUGUUGAAUAAAAACAGUCAGCCAUUUGCUUUUGACAGAUAAUUGAUUUACUUUAAUUUAACAAAAUUAUGCGUAAAAAGCCACAUUCAAAGCUUAUACUCGUGAAUCGACGAUAUUUGCCGUAUUUGCCAUAAAGUUGGGCAGAAAAGUUUGAGAAAAAAAACCCCACUUCUGACACAGAAAAACUAGUGAACUCGAUCAUGACUACAUUAAAAUAUCUACUGUUUCCAGGACAUAUAGGUAAUACCAGUGCAAGACAAAUGCAAAUUCAAGUAAAAAACAUAAACAUAGUCAGACCCCAACGCAAUGAUUAGUCUAUUGUAUACGACAAAACUGUAUUAACGCGACCUGAAGUAGUUAAAAAAAUUCAGAAUAAAUAUCCCUAACUAUCUGCUCUUUUCUUUGCCAAUAAAAUCAAAGCUUUAAAAUUUUGAGUUUUUAAAGCCCCACUUGCAUUUUAAUAUUUUAUUGCCGUGUAAAACUAAUGAUAAUAACAUGCAAUCACAGGUUGGUCGAUUUUCGGCGACCAUGCGAUAAAAAGUGUUUUAGUAUUUUGCUUGCCUUUGCUAGGAGAAACUGAAACUUAAUCAACAUUUGUAUUUGUAGUGUAUUAUAAUCUUGGAGAGCACGAAAAAUCGUAGCAGUUGAUCGAGGCACAAGCUAGACCAACUCUAGCGGUAUAUAGCGCCUGAGUUCCCGCGUGCUCAAUAACUUGAUUGAGCACUCUAAAUUAUGAAAACAUUCUUAAAUUUAAGGUCCAUGUGAAACGGCUGAGAAACGAUGUGGAAAUGGAACAUGUAUUCAAGUGGACGAUGUUGGAAAAUAUAGGUGUGACUGCUUCAAAGGCUAUGUUGGUUUCUACUGCGAAUUUAAGGGUAAGAUUACUAAUUUCCCUUCCAAAAAAUUGUGAGGAUGGAGUGAAAUAAAAUAAAUUUAGAUUUAUUAAUUUUGUCCAUAAAAUAUUUACAAGUAGAAAAAUAGUUACAAUACAACAAUAGGCUAGGAUUCGUUGAAAAUCCUUUUGGACUUUUAUUGUGAGCCCUCCACGAAUAACAAAAUAUUGUAAGAUUGAAAACUGCGGUUUCGAUUCGUUUAUAUAAUGUAAAAGUAUAUCAGCUUGCAACACAUGGUUUAGCAAAAUGAACUGCUUAUUCUGUAAUAACAUGCAUUACUUUCUAAUUUGACAAGAAAAUUCUGUUUAAAUUUAAUGAUUUUGAAUUGCACAUUUACUUUGUGCACGUCAUAUAAUAUCGUGAUUAUUUUUAUGUAAUAUUUCAAAUCCGACUAAGAGGAAUGGUCUAGAUUUCAAGUCCUCGCAACUUGAUUAAGCCCGACGCGAAGCCGGGGACUGGAUCAAAAUGCGAGGACUUGAAAUCUACACCAGUCCAAUUUGGAGCUUUUGAAAUUACUUCUCAUGCGACUAAUAAGUCACUACUUAAACGGAGAAGAAAUUAAUUUUGAUAUUGUCCAAGGACUGACUUUUAUUUUGACCCAAUACUAGGACUGGAUCAAUAUACUUCACCAGGUAUCCAGUAUUAUCAUGCAUGUGAGCAAAAUAAAUCAAUAUGGUUGACUAAUUUAUCAUGAGUUAUUAAUGAUUUUGAGAUAGUUAGAUGAGAUAGCAUUACAAUUCCAUACGAAUAGCUAGCUAAUACAAAACAUAAAGUUUUUUUAGGUGAAUCCGCAAAAUAACUUGCAUUUUAAGCGAACGAUAAAAUGCAGCUUUUCAAUAUUCUAAUCAGUUUCGACUGAUCAGCCGCAAUAAAUUAUGUUAGUUCUAUUUUUUUGAACUUAGAUCAUUGUAUUGCGAAGCCAUGCAAGCAUGGAGGAAAGUGUCAAUCGGACCAGGAAACUGGAGGUUUUAUUUGUGAUUGUCAUCAUACUGGCUACGUUGGACCUACGUGCAAUCAUAUAGGUGCUGUAGAAAACUAUAUUAAUAUUAGUUUGGGCUUAAAAUUCCAAACGACACAAACGUAUUAAGAUUCGUUACCAUUCUUUCUUUUCCAAACAUAUAAUCCUCCUCAUCAACAACAACAACAACAA